UACUUAUUGUUACUAUUCUCCCUUUCUCCACUAAUUGAGAAUUUUCUUCUCAUUUCUUCAAUAUGGGAAAUUGCUUCACAAGCAACAAAAUUCAGGUACAGGAAGAGACGAUUGACCCACAAGUGCUUCAAGGGUCCAGAUCAGAAAUCAAGAAGAAUGUUGAAGGUGAGAAUAUCAAGAAGAAGAAGAUGGUGAGGUUCAAAUUACAAGAACAAGGGAGCUGUGUUGAUGAAGGCGGCCAUGGCCAGUCUAAAGAUGGUGCGGUGAGGAUUAGAGUCUUAUUAACAAAAGAAGAGUUGAAACAGAUUCUGAAUUGCAAGCAGGGUUUCAAGGACUCUUCUUUGGAGCAAUUCUUAAAUGUAAUGAAGUUGAGAAAGAGAAUAGGUAUUCUUGAAGCCAGAAGAAGUGAUGGAGGCUUCAAUGGCAAUUGGAGGCCUACUUUGGAGAGCAUUCCAGAGGAUCUCUAAUUGGGAACCAUGCUUUUGUAACUUUUCACUAACAAUCUCUCACUUUCUUGGUUGCUCCCACUGUAAAAAGAUGUAUUGACUGUAUCUGGUGAGAUUAUUUCAUCAAAUGCAAUUGUUUGAUGCUUAUUGUUAAGAUUAUUUAGUUUCCUCAUUAACUUGUUGGGUUGUGACAUUUCACAUUCA